UUUCAUAAGCUCUCGAAUGAGAUCGGUUCUGAGGAAAUUAAAGGAACUUCCUGAGAGAGGCAGAGGAAUGAAGGCCGCCACAAAGUCAUCGGGACUUAACAAGAGGCCCGGAAAGGCCCAUUCCAAUGGAGCCCGAUCUGGAGGCAAAGAGGAACUGGGGCAGUGGGGAAGGGCCUGGGAAGUGGACUGGUUCUCCCUCACUGGUGUGAUCCUUCUCCUCUGUCUGGCACCCUUCAUUGUCUUCUUCUUCAUCAUGGCUUGUGACCAGUACCAGUGCUCUGUCACCCAACCACUGCUGGACCUCUACAGUGGCAAGGCCACCUUCUUAUCCAUCUGGAACCAGGCUUCCUCUUUCAGCUGGACUUCGGCCAAGAUCUAUGCCAUCUGGGUCUCUUUCCAGGUGUUUCUCUACAUGUGUGUGCCAGACAUUACCCACAAAGUCCUGCCUGGCUAUGUGGGUGGGGUUCAGGAAGGAGCACGUACCCCUGCAGGUCUCAUAAACAAGUAUGAGAUCAAUGGCCUACAGUCUUGGAUCAUCACCCAUAUUCUGUGGUUUGCAAACGCUUAUUACUUCCAUUGGUUUUCCCCCACCAUCAUCAUUGAUAACUGGAUUCCCCUGCUCUGGUGUACCAACAUCCUGGGCUAUGCUGUGUCUACAUUUGCCUUUAUAAAGGCCUACCUCUUUCCAACCAAUCCAGAAGACUGUAAAUUCACAGGAAAUUUUUUCUACAACUACAUGAUGGGAAUUGAGUUCAACCCCCGCAUUGGGAAAUGGUUUGACUUCAAGCUCUUUUUCAACGGGAGACCUGGAAUCGUGGCCUGGACACUCAUUAACCUGUCGUAUGCUGCGAAACAGCAGGAGCUCUAUGGCGAGGUGACAAACUCCAUGGUAUUGGUUAACGUGCUCCAGGCAAUCUACGUUCUGGACUUCUUCUGGAAUGAGGCCUGGUAUCUGAAGACCAUCGACGUUUGCCAUGACCACUUCGGCUGGUAUCUGGGCUGGGGAGACUGUGUGUGGCUGCCAUUCUUGUACACCUUGCAGGGCCUGUACCUGGUGUACAACCCGGUUCAGCUUUCCACAGCCCAUGCUGCGGUGGUCCUCAUCCUGGGCCUGGUGGGAUACUACUUGUUCCGCUCGGCUAACCACCAGAAGGACCUGUUCCGCCGCACCGAUGGCAACUGCACCAUCUGGGGCCGCAAGCCAGCCUACAUCGAGUGCACCUACAGCUCAGCGGACGGGAAGAGGCACCGCAGCAAGCUGCUCAUCUCGGGGUUCUGGGGUGUGGCACGCCACCUCAACUAUACGGGCGACCUGAUGGGCUCGCUGGCCUAUUGUCUGGCCUGCGGAAGCGGCCACCUGCUGCCGUACUUCUACAUAGUCUACAUGACCAUCCUGCUGGUGCACAGGUGCAUCCGGGAUGAGCACCGCUGCCACACCAAGUACGGCAAAGACUGGACACGCUACACCGCUGCCGUGCCCCACAGGCUGCUGCCUGGAAUCUUCUAGAGAGAAUGGAAGAGUCUGAAGUAUUACGGGACAUUGGUAACCGAGUCACAGAAACGUGUGGUGAAGGUCUGUCCUUUGUGUGUAACUUCACUGCGGGGUUUGUAUGUGUGGGUGCUCGAGUGUUUCUGGAUGCUUGACUGUGUGUGUUCGGAAAAGGGUACGUGUUUACAAGAGUUUCAUACUCAUUUGAAGAAGUGUGUGCACUUUUGUGGAUUUGCUCGGCGGUGUGCGUGUUUCCGUAAUUAGUAUCUUGUACAGCUUCUUUGAGUUAACUCCACACGUCAAUUCCACAUGUUUUGUAGAAAGUUUGUUAACUCUCUAGAUUCUCGUAACUGACAAUCUUAUGAUUUAUUUUAGUGCAGUUAUCUCGCUCACUGCCGGAGGGUUAAAUGGACUUUCUUUGUGAAGAAUGGCACAUAGUAACCAUUUUAGAUGUUCCUUUACAUACCCAAAAAAGUCAUUCCUUUUAUCAGGAUCCAUUUUUACAGCAUAGUAUGUAGGGGUUCAUGCACAAU